GAUUUAUUCGACGAACUGCAGUGUGCUCUCGCUUCUGGGGAAUCUCUGUUUUCCAUGCCGCUCGCACCAAUGACUGAAGAGGUUGGAUUUGAUGACGAGACAGAAUCGGAUUUUGGGAUUGAACUUGCAGACCUCAACAGUCCGGUAUCGCCUGACCAUCCGAUGUUCCCAUGGCCAUCAAAAGCUCAUUUCAUCACGGCGCUACUGUUCAGUUCUCCGAGGCUGCCGUUUUCUGAGGCACAGAAAAAGGCCAUUUUAUCAUGGGCAAAGGAACUCGGUGCUCAUGAUGUUCCAUCACUGUAUGCCUUGAACCGCUUCCAGACCACUAUCCAAACGCUCGUCGGAAAUCCGACAGAAAAGGUCACCGCUCGUUCGGGGAACAUAUUCUAUUUCAAUGAUAUUGGAAAGGCAAUCGUGAAGGACUAUUCCAACCCUCUGACUCGUUUUGCGAUGCAGGAUUACCCCGAAGACGGAGGAAGGGGAAUGUCCCAGGUAUUUAACGGGGAGAAGAUGCUGUUCGAGCUCCCCUCGCCCCCAGCAGCUAAAGUCGACGGGGAGGUUUACUUUGUCAACGAGCUCUUGCAGGAUAGUUCGGGAGAGUAUUUUAUUCCCGAACGUUUUUUUCUCGCGUCGUACGCAUCAACGGGCGAGACAGCAGACAAGCUGUUACAUGCGCUGGGGCGUACCGUGCAACGAACGGAGGACGGGUUUAUUGUUGGCGACGAGCAAGAAAUCAUCCCGACGUCUACCUUUCGGAGGUCAUUCAGAGAGAUAUCUCUCGAUGACGACGAACUC